AUGGCCUGUGAUUGCAAGUGUGGGCAGGUGCUGCAGGCUGAGCUUGCCGAGCUCAAGCAGCGACGACAAGAGCUGCGCGAGGCCUUCAAAGCUAACAAAGCACACAUGAAGGCCGCGCAGAAGCGAAAGGCCAAGUUGGUCAAGGCAGCUCGUCAACUUUCGGUGUCGGACUUGCAGAACUUGCUCGGAUCGAUGACGGCCGAGCGCACUGAGCGAGUGAAAACAACAAAAGCUGUCCAGGUGCCUGCAGUUGGCACAUCUCAAGUGGCGACCUUUUACGGGUAUUAUGUACAAACAAAUGACAUAUGCCAUAGAAAAUUGUAG